AUGGGGAGGUCACGGAGCGAGAGCUCGAGCUCGAGCGGCGACUCGAGCUCGAGCUCGAGCUCGAGCAGCGCGUCGCGUCGGAGGAGGAAGCGCAAGCGCGAGAAGAAAGAGUCCUCCUCCGCGAAGAGGAAGCGGUCGUCGUCGUCGCGCGGGGAGAGGAAGAAGGACAGCGGCGUCGGGAAAAAGCGACGAAGGUCGUCGAAGGCGAGGGCGGACGACCGCGUCGCGGAGCGUCUGAAGCGGACGAUGGCGUCGCUGACCGCGCCGCGAGCGUCGGACGACGAGAAGCGUGCCGCGGCGCUCGAGAAGCACGCGGACAAGCUCUUCAAGCGCGCGCGGCUGCCGGACGAGUUCGAGCGCGACCGACGCGACGUCCCCGCGCGCGAUCCGACGAGGCUCUCCGCGGUGAUGCGCGGCGCGAAGGGGGCGAUGAGCGCGGCGGAGGCGCGCGCGUACGAUCUGCACAUGGAGCAGAUGAGAGGCGGGCACGGCGGCGCGGCGAGGAGCUUCACGACGUACUGA